AUGGAAAAGGAAAAGAACCAAUUCGAAGUAACAAGAAAUUUAUGUACGACGAGUAUAAAAGAAAAUUUGGAAUGUUCUACGAAUAUUAUAAAAAAUGUAAAUAAUUUUAUGUCAAGUCCGAAAUUAGAUAAUAAUUAUAAUUACUAUAAUAAUAUAUUAUAUUAUGACGGUACAUAUGAUAAAGAAGGACAAACUAGAAAUGAGAUGAAUUAUGCAGGUAAUACAAAUAAUACAUUAUAUAAUAUUAUAAAUACAAAUAAUAAUAAUAAUAAUAAUAAUAAUAAUGAUAAUAAUAAUAUUGAAUUAUUUUGUAAUAAUUAUUCCAAUGGGUUUUUAUUAAAUGAAGAAUAUACAAAAGGUAUGGAAUAUGACAAAAUUAUUAUGAACGAAAAAUAUUGCAACAGCCCUAUCGAUACACUUCAUAAUAAUUUACAAACAAAUAAGCUAGCGAAUGUUGUAAAUUCUAUAAGAUUUGAAGAUAAUACGAAUAUUAAAAUUCCUGCCUUCUUAAAAAAUUCUCCUCUUUAUGUUUUGUAUCCUGAGCUUAAUUCAUAUAUAAAGGAUACAUUAAUUAAAAAUGAUCAGAAGCAAGAAAGUGAGGAAUCUAGAAUGGAUGGUAUGAAGGAACCUGGGGUGAAUGAGCAAAAUAAUGUGGAAAAUAACAAAAUAAAAAAAAAUGAAAAUUAUAUUAUGUCAUAUAAUAAUAAUAAUAAUAAUAAUAAUAAUAAUAAUGAUGAUAAUUAUUAUUAUUGUGGUUAUAAUAACUAUAUUAAUAAUAUACCUGAUGAACAAUCAAAGAAUAUAAAUAAAUAUCUAUCGAACCAUAUCGACAAUAAUACUAUUAUUAAAAAUAAAAUGUAUGAUUAUUUUGAUUAUGAAAAGAAUAAUAUGAUACAUAUAUUAAAUGUGAACAAUAUAAAUGAUAUAUUAUUAAAAAAUGAAAAAAAGGAUCCAGUAGAUAUUAUAUUAAAUUCUUAUAAAAAUAUCUAUGUGUCGAAAAAUAAAAAAGAUAUUAAUAUGAAUACUGAAAUGAAUACUCUAAAUGUUUUGAAAGAGCAAAAAAUGCCCAUCCUUGAUCAUAAUGAUACGGAUCAUUUUUUAAGUGUCGAAAAAAAUAUGAAGAAAAAAAUAAAUGUCCUAAAAUUUAAAGAUAACAAUGGUGAUAAUAAUAAAAAUGGUGAUGGUGAUGAUAAUGAAAAUGGUGAUGAUAAUAAAAAUGGUGAUGAUAAUAAAAAUGGUGAUGAUAAUAAAAAUGGUGAUGAUAAUAAAAAUGGUGAUGGUUAUGAUGAUGAUAAUAAUUAUUACACAUUCGAUAAUAAUAAUAAUAAUAAUAAUAAUAAUCUUUAUAAUCACCCAGACCAUACACACUCUUCAAAACUUUCGAAGAAACCAUUAUUCAUCUCUUUUAUAGAUACGAAAAAUAAAACGGCAAAGUUAAAAACAUUCGAUUUAAAUAAUAACCAAGAAGUUAAAAAAAAUAAAUUUUUUAUAUCGGAAAAGACAAAAAAAGGAACUUCAAAAGAUGCUCAAGUACAAACCAACGAAGAAGAAUUAACAAAACUUUUAACUAGAAAUAUGAUCGAUUCGGAUGUAGAACCUAUUUUAAAUAUAAUAAAUAAGAAAACAAAAAAAAUCACGGAGAAUGUAAAUAUACAAGAAAAUAAAGAAAUAUCUUCAAACAGUUACAUAUUAAAUAAAAGUACAGAUAUAACAUUACAUAAUAAUCAAACAAAUAAAGACUUAUCAAAAUAUGACAUUUCUUAUAAUUUAAUACAACCAUCUUAUAGCGAUAAAAGUUUUAGUAAUACUACAAAUAAUACAAAAGGUUGUAACACUAGUAAUAAUAUUAUUUUUAAAAGAAAUUAUAAGAACAAUAAAAAUGUCCAACAUGAAAAUUACAAAAAUGCUUAUAAUAAUAAAUGUACUAUGAAGAAAAAUAUAUAUAAUACAACGAAUAUGAAAAUGCCAAAAUAUAAUUUUAGUACACCUCUAAAUAUAUAUGACGAUUAUGUAAACACAAUAUAUAUGACAAAUCAAAAAAGUGGUAAUAUAAAUAUGCAUACACGUAUGAAAAAUAAUAAGAAUAAUAAAUAUAAUAACAAUGUUUAUAUUAAACAUCAUAUUAAAAACCACAUGAAUAACACAUCAGAAGAUAUUUUUAAUAUUCAAAAUCAAUCUCUAUCCAAUAUUAAUAAUAAUAAUUAUUUCUAUUAUCCAAAUAAAGAAAAACAAAUAAAAAAUGCAUAUCUACCAUUUAUAUAUCACAUGCUAAAUAUCCCUUGCCAUGAUACAAAUAUGAAUUUGUCCUUUUUAAAAAAAACUUAUGAAAUCGUGGAAAAACAAAAAAAUGAAGGUUUAUCAAAAAUGGGAACAGAUAUACAAAAACAAGAGGAAGAAACAUAUGUACAAAAUGAUGAACAUAUAAAUAACAAAGUACAAAUUAAUGAACACGAAAAGGAACGUGAAUACAAACGUGAAGACGAAUACAAACGUGAAGAUGAAUACAAACGUGAAGAUAAAUACAAACGUGAAGAUAAAUACAAACGUGAAGAUAAAUACAAACGUGAAGAUAAAUACAAACGUGAAGACGAACACGAAAGUGAAUAUAAAAAAUCCAAAAUUAUAAAAGAUUUAUUACUAAAAAAAUUAGAUAUAGAAAAGAAAAAAAAAAUAUAUGAACAAUGGAAAUACGAGAAUUAUUUAAAAACCAUAUACCAUGCAAAAGGAAAUAAUUCAUUGAAAUAUAGAAACAAAGAAUAUUUUGAUUUUUUAAAAAGUAUUUAUUAUAAUGAUCAAAAUAAUAUUCAUAGUUCAGACUAUUUAGAUGAACACACUACAUAUAAUAAAAAACAACAACUAUUAUAUUCACCCACAUCUUUGAAUAAAAGAAAUAAUAAUAUUUCAUAUUCUUAUGUAAAUAAAAAUAAUUAUAAUAAAGCAAUAAAUGACGAAAAAUCUCUUAACUAUGACAAAAAUACAAAAUUAUAUAAAUCAAAUGAUCAUAAUACAAUAUUUAAAAUUUCUAAUAAAUUGAUUCCUCAGAAAUGUGAAGAAAAUAAUAACCAAAUCAGAUGUAGAUCUCUUUCAUACAAAAAUAGAUUACAUAAAUUAAAAUUAUUAAAAGAAAGUAUACAGCAUUAUAAACUCAAAUCCAAUACAAGAAAUGUUUUUAAUACAGAUCAAAAUAAACAAACUGUAAAGAAUAAUAAACACAAUCAUUUUAUACAACAUAAAGAUGUGCAGAUGGUUCAAAAUGAUAUAUCUAACAAUACUAAUAAUCUAAAUUAUGAGAGAGAAAAAAAUAAUAAUUAUGAAAGAGAAAAAAAUAAUAAUUAUGAAAGAGAAAAAAAUAAUAAUUAUUUAAGCGAACAUUUACUAUUAAAUCAAAAACAAAACAGUACAAAUAAUCAAGGCCAAGAACAAAAUAAUAUUAAAAUUAAAUAUAAUUUAAAAAAACAAAACAUGUUAAAAGACAAUUAUAAAGAUACAAAAAAUUAUGGGCUAAAUUAUGUAACAAAUAAUAAUACGUUUAAAAAUAAUAUAAGUACAGAAAUAUUUCAGGAACAAAAUAGUUGGCAUAAUCCUUUCAACACUCUUCACAAUGAAACUAUAGAUAAUCAUAAAAGAAAUAGUAGAAAUUAUUAUAUGGUAAGUAAACUAAAAGGUACAACCUCAAAUUAUAAUAAUUAUGACAAUAAAUAUGAUAAUAAUAAUAAUAAUUAUAGUCAGAAGAUCAUGAAUAAUAAGAAGAAUAUUAAUAUGAAUAUGAAUAGGAAGAACCUAUUAAAUAAUAUAAACAUCACAAAAGAUAAUAAUAAUUUCAAUAACCACCUUAGAAUAAAAGUCAGUGUAAACAAUACAAACGAAGAAUCAACCAUACGUAAUAUUAAAAAUGAUACAACAACUAAACAUAAAAGUAUUAGUAAUAAACAAAUUUUUAAUAAAGAAUUACUAAAUAAAGAAAAAGCAAUUCUAAGUGAUACCGAAAUACAAUUUAGAAAAAAAAAUUCGAUAGAUCAAUUAAAAGAAAACCUUCCAACUAAUACAUCCAACACAAAAAAUUUCCUAAAGAAAAAAAAUGGAUCUGGAGGAGGUAAUUACCUAAAAAUAAGACCCCCGUUUGUAAACCAAACAAAUGCCUCCACACGUUCGAAAUCUAUAGACACAAAUAUAGUAGAAACAAAAAGUGUCCAGCAUUCUUAUUUAACCUCCGAUUUCAAAAAAAAAUUAUCAAGGAGUGAUAAUAUUUUUGAAAACACACACGAUGAAAUUAAUUUGGAAAAUAUUGAUCCAAACAAAUGGAUUCAGAAAAUUUUUGGUGAUAUUCACUAA